UACAGCAUCACUCUGUCUCCCUUGCUGUCAGUGGGAUUGAUGGGAGCGUUUUCCUCUGGAUGUGUGCGGGUCUUAAACCAGUACAGCUGGAGGGCUAAAGCUCGCAGAACAGAGGGAGUCUUUAACAGUACUGAAGGGCUGGGCUUGAAGUCCCUGGAGAUACUGCUCAAGAACAAAUCUGUUUACAGAAGAAGGUUUGGGAGGAGAAUUGUCAGUCAAGACACUUCUAUUCUCAGCUCAGGAGCAACUGGAAGAGUAAAUAUACCUCUAGUUAGCUGGUAGAUAAAUUAGAUUGCAGCUGAUCAAAAGCCAAAGGGAUUUCUUGUCACUCGGCCCCUCUCCACUAUCACCCUGGUAUCUUCUUUCCUGUGUCGUUCAGACUCUCAUGAUGGUUUCAAAGAAGGUGGUGGCCAGUCUGCUCUUGGUGUACGUGGUGUCGAUGCUGGCUGAGCAGACCGAAGGCUUCGUGCCCUUUUUCACCCAGAGCGACUUCCGGAAGAUGCAGUUGCAGGAAAAGGAGAGGAACAGAGGAGGGCAGAAGAAAUCCCUGACCUCGCUGCAGCAGCUGGAAGAGGAAGGUUUCUCUGAGGAAUCCCCUGCAGAUGUCCACAAGGUCCAGACCAUCCAGCUAGCUGUUCCUGUCAGAGCUGGGAUGUGUCUCACCCCAAGGCAGCUGGAAAAAUACCAAGAUGUCCUGGAGAAACUGCUAGCAGAGAUGUUACAGGACACCCCAGACGCUGACUGAUAUCUGCAGAAUCAGAAGAGAAAGCGAUGUAGCUUGCCGAAGCUAAAAGACUCCACUUAUGUAAACGAAAUCUGUAAAAGAGAUUAACGAAAUCUGAGGUGAG